UUGUGCAAUUCAUACCGGUAGUGUGUGCUAACGUUUAAAAACUAUGGAUCCAUCUGCAGAACCUGCUGUAGCAAAGGAAGCAGUACUCCAGGAGAGUACAACUUUGCCGCAGGACACACCGACGAUUCGUGGCUACGAUUGGAACGAUGGAUACAACUAUGAGAAACUGUUUAGCACGUACGUGAGAAGCGGAUUCCAGGCAACGAACCUGGGGAAAGCAAUAGAGGAAGUGAAUAAGAUGAUUGCAGCUCGUCGGAUACCGCUUCCAGAAGAUAAACUGGACGCUUACGAAGAAGAUGAGUUUAUACGGCGACGAUCGAGCUGUACCAUUUUUCUCGGCUAUACCUCAAACAUGGUAUCGGCGGGGGUGCGAGAAACGAUUCGCUUUUUAGCACAACACCGGCUGAUCGAUUGCAUUGUCACGACUGCGGGCGGAGUCGAGGAGGAUUUGAUAAAAUGUCUAGCACCAACGUACUUGGGAUCAUUCGAACUGGAUGGAAGAGAACUACGCGAACGCGGCAUCAAUCGAAUAGGAAAUUUACUGGUACCAAACGAUAACUACUGCAAGUUCGAAAACUGGGUGACACCACUCCUUGAUGAAAUGUUGGAGGAGCAAAAAAGCAAAGGUACGCUGUGGACGCCAUCCAAAGUGAUCGCUAGGUUGGGUGAAAGAAUCGAGGAUGAAUCGUCCAUUUACUACUGGGCGGCCAAAAAUCGCAUACCAGUAUUCAGUCCAGCCCUUACCGAUGGAAGUCUCGGCGAUAUGAUGUACUUUCAUUCCUUCCGCAACCCUGGGCUGGUGGUAGACAUUGUAUCGGAUUUGCGACGGCUGAACACGAUGGCCGUAAAGGCGGUCAAUUCGGGGAUUAUCAUCGUCGGCGGAGGGGUCAUAAAGCAUCACAUUUGCAACGCAAAUCUGAUGCGUAAUGGUGCGGAUUUUUCGGUCUUCAUCAACACUGCCUCCGAGUACGAUGGCAGUGAUAGCGGUGCACGACCGGACGAGGCCGUUUCUUGGGGUAAAAUCAAAAAGGAUGCUACUCCGGUGAAAGUGUACGCGGAAGCCAGCUUAGUCUUUCCGAUAUUGGUAGGCGAAACGUUUGUCAAAGAUCAUUUUCGUAAAGAUUAAAAUAAAAUAGGUGCGAG